AUGCAAGAAAUCAAACACAAUGAUGACUGUUACUGUUGUGAAAGAAGAAAGAAAGGUGGGAAUCCUUUACAGGGUGAUUUUGGCGAAAGGAACCUUCACUGUGAACAUGGUGAACAUGAGCUUCUGCCUUCAUAUCACCAGGAGGAUGAUGGAAACACGGAGAGGAGGGAUGUCCAUGAGUACCCCAAAUUAAGACACACUUCUUGUGUCGUCCGAUGUAACAGGAAGGGAGUGAAACGGCAUAAUGCAGAUGAAACCCGUUUAUCUGUGCGGAGAAAUAGAAAACCUCCAGAGAGAGCAUUGAGGAAGAACAUACGACACAGAGCCAAGAGGAGCUGGUACAGGGUCACAAUUCCUUCCGAGAGAAAGUAUGACAAGGCAUGGCUACUGAACUCAAUUCAAAGCCAUUGCAGUGUCCCCUUCACACCUGUUGAUUUCCAUUAUGUCAAACACCGGGCCCAGUUUUUUGUCCAGAAUGCUAGAACUGCUUCUGCUUUGAAAGAUAUCAGCUACAAGAUCCAGGAUGAGGAUGACCGAAAGAUAUCUAUGUUUGUCAGUCCUUCCAUUGUACCCUACUCUAUACAGAAUAAGUUGAAGCCAAAGCAAAUGGAGCAUCUAGAGCUGACCUUGAAAAAACGAUAUAAUGAUCGCCAGCAAGCUCUUGACCUCCAGAAGCUUCGAUUCGACCCAGACUUGGUAGGUCAUAAUAUAGACAUCAUCCUGAAUCGAAGAAGCUGCAUGGCUGCCACUCUGGAGAUCAUUGAGAAGAAUUUUCCUGAGCUAUUGUCCUUGAACUUACAAAGCAACAAACUAUAUCGGCUGGAUGGCCUGUCUGACAUUAUAGAGAAGGCCCCCAAUGUCAAGAUCCUGAAUCUCUCCAAAAAUGAGCUUAAGUCAGCUUGUGAGUUGGCCAAGGUGAAAAACCUGAAGUUGAAAGAGCUGUGGCUAGAAGGGAAUCCACUGUGCAACAUCUUCUCAAACAAGUCUGCCUACAUAAGUGCCAUACGGGAUUGUUUCCCCAAAUUGUUACGUUUGGAUGGACAAGUGUUACCCUCACCAAUUAUUGCUGACACUGGAAUCCCUGAGUUGAUAAAACCCUGCCAGGAUAGCUAUAAAGGAUCUGAUACCAUGAAGAAUCUAAUUCUAGAAUUCCUGAGGCAGUAUUAUUUCAUCUAUGAUUAUGGAGACAGGCAGAGUCUCCUCAAUGCUUACCAUGAUGAGGCCUGCUUCUCCAUGACUAUUCCCUUAAGCUGCAAGGAUCCAGCUUUAAACAGCUUGUUUGAGUAUGUGAAGGAAAGCAGGAAUAUGAAAAUGGUCAAGAACCCCUGUGAGUGUGUUAUGGCAAUGACUGGGCAGGACCUGAGGAGGCAGCUGCUGAAGCAGACAAAACAUAACAUCGUGGACACCCUAAUAAUGCUACCCAAAACACAGCACGACCUCAGCUCCUUUCUGGUGGAUGUCUGCUCCCAGACAGAAAAGAUGCUCUACUUCUCUGUAAAAGGGGUGUUCAAGGAAGUAGAAGGAAAAUCUCGAGGCUGUUUUCGUGCUUUCACCAGAAUCUUCAUUUUUAUCCCUGCCAGCAAUUCCAGUAUAUACAUUAUGAAUGAUGAGUUGAUUGUGAGGAAUGCCAGCCUCAAGGAGAUCCAGAGUGCCUUAUUCAUCUCGGUGCCCAUAUCCUGCUCCAGUUCCCUGCUCGCCCUCCCCCAGGAGCAGCAAAAAAUGGUGCAGGCUUUCUCCAUGCAUUCUGGGAUGAAAUUUGAGUGGUCUCAAAAGUGUCUUCAGGACAAUGAAUGGAACUACAACAAAGCUGGCGAGAUCUUUACUCUGCUCCAGGAACAGGGCAAGAUCCCAGAGGAGGCUUUCCAACAAAUUCCCUGA